ACUUAGAAUGUUCAUCGUCUGGACAACUCAGCCAACCUCUUGGAAGCAGGUGUGUGACCUCCAUGUCCUGCAGUGGUCAGAAUAUGGAGAACUUCUCACUCCUCAGCAUCUCUGGACCUCGAAUCUCAUCUUCUGCCCUGAGCGCUUUUCCUAACAUUAUAUCCUCACGUGCCACCAGCUUGCCAGACAUUGCAAAGACAGCGGUACCCACUGAGACAUCCAGCCCAGCUCAGGCCCUGGCAGCCCAGUACCAAAGCAGUGCUCUCCGGCACGGGGUGCACAACACCACACUCUCAGCAGACUGCACACUGGGGGACACUCAGAGUGGGGAGCAGCUGAGGCGGAACUGCACCAUCUACCGGCCCUGGUUCUCCCCCUACAGCUACUUCGUGUGCGCAGACAGAGACAGCCACCUAGAGACUUACAGCUUCCCAGAGGUGCAGCGGGACGAGGGCAGGGGGGACAGCUGCCUUCUUGAGGACGUGGCUGAGAGCAUCUGCUCGUCCUCUUCCUCCCCAGACAACACUUGCCCUCGAGAAGCCACCAGGAAAACCCGGCAUGGCCUGGACUCCAUGGACUACAUCACAUCCCAGGACAUCAUAAUGGCCUCCAAGUGGCACCCGGCACAACAGAACGGCUACAAGUGCGCGGCCUGCUGCCGCAUGUACCCCACCCUGCACUCACUCAAGAGCCACAUCAAGGGGGGCUUCAAGGAGGGCUUCAGCUGCAAGGUGUACUACCGCAAACUCAAAACCCUCUGGGGCAAGGAGCAGAAGGCCCGGCCCGGAGACAGGCUCUCCUCUGGCAGCUGCCAGGCCUUCAAGUAGUCCUGCCACACACCUCAGGUAAACAGGGCGGUGCCUGCUUAUGACUCUAGAGAGAUGCCAAUAAAUCAAAGUUAGUCACAGC